UUGAAAAGAUGGCGGACCAGAGCAGUCUUACAGCUUUAUUUCCCAUCCAGAGUGAACUGGACUACGCCCUGGAAGACGCCACGUCUGACCAAGAGAAAGAAAAUAUUGUACAUGAAUACCUGAAAAAGCUGGAUGACAGAAAAGAGGAUUUGAAGGUUCCAGACUUUGCAGAAGGUCUAGAAUGGCUGAAUACGGAGCACCCCCUGUCCUUGGAGAGCGAGCUCUCGGGGAAAGUGGUGGUGCUGGACUUCUUCACCUACUGUUGUAUCAACUGUAUCCACGUGCUGCCUGACCUCCACCUGCUGGAACAGCGUCACUCUGUCAAAGACGGUCUGGUGGUCGUGGGCGUGCACUCGGCCAAGUUCCCGAACGAGAGGGUGCUGCAGAACGUGCAGAGCGCCGUGCUACGCUACGACAUCACGCACCCGGUGGUGAACGACGGCGACGCACGGCUCUGGCAUGCGCUGGAGGUGUCCUGCUGGCCCACACUGCUGCUCCUGGGCCCGCGGGGGAACCUGCUCUUCUCCCUGGUGGGGGAGGGGCACCGCGAGAGGCUCUUCCUGUUCGCCGGGGCUGCGCUCCAACACUACCGCGCCACGGGGGAGCUGAGGGCCGGGGGCGACAUCGGUCUCCGGCUUUACCGCGACUCCCUGCCCCCCUCCAUACUCUCCUUCCCGGGGAAGGUGGCUGCCGAGCCGUCCGGGAAAAGGCUGGUCGUCGCGGAUACGGGACACCACAGGGUCCUGGUCCUGUCCGCUACUGGAGGAGUGCUCCACGCUGUUGGCGGUCCUGGGAUCGGGUGGAAAGAUGGACACAUUUCUGAAGCCUUGUUCAGUUCCCCCCAGGGUGUGGCCAUGAAGGGAGAGGCAGUUUAUGUUGCAGAUACAGAGAACCACCUCAUCAGAAAGAUUGACCUAUCAGAAGGGCGGGUCAGUACCCUGGCUGGUAUGGGAUUGCAGGGCACAGAUAAGGAAGGAGGUGGGAUGGGACCCCAGCAGCCAAUCAGCUCCCCCUGGGACCUGGCCCUUGGAACUGCAGGUGGCGAGGAAGACAAUGUGCUUUGGAUAGCCAUGGCUGGCACACAUCAGAUCUGGGCUCUGUUUUUGGAGGACGGGAAACUGCCCAAGGGAAGCGAGUUUAAGAAAGGCACGUGUGUGCGCUUUGCGGGUAGCGGUAACGAGGAGAACCGGAACAAUGCCUACCCCCACAAGGCGGGCCUGGCCCAGCCCUCGGGCCUGACCGUGGCCCCAGCGGAGCCCGGGAGCUGCCUGUACGUGGCUGACAGCGAGAGCAGCACUGUCAGGAGCGUGUCGCUGAAGGACGGCGCCGUCAAGCACCUGGUGGGGGGCGAGAGGGAUCCCAUGAACCUGUUUGCCUUUGGGGAUGUGGACGGAGCAGGGAUAAAUGCCAAACUCCAGCACCCCCUGGGUGUGGCCUGGAACCCUCACAACGGGCUACUCUAUGUGGCCGAUUCCUACAACCACAAGAUCAAAGUUGUGGACCCAAAAUCCAAGCAGUGUGGCGUUCUGGCGGGUUCUGGGACAGCCAGUGAUGCCCUUGGGCCUGGGUUCGACCAGGCCGCCUUCAACGAGCCCGGAGGUCUGUGCGUGGGAGAGUCUGGGGCUGUGCUCUACAUCGCCGACACAAACAAUCACCGGAUCAAGAUCCUGGACCUGGAGGCCCGAACGGUGUCACUGCUAUCGGUCGUGGCUGAAGAUGUGGUCGAUGCGCCAACCAGCUCGUCCGCUUCCACACGUCCCAUAAAGAUCCCUAAACUGCCCAAAUCCGCCGCCAGGGUGGAGGUGCCGGCUCUGACCGUGUCCCCGGGCCAGACAGUGAGCUUGGACCUGGUCCUGUCUCUGCCGGACGGCACCAAGCUGACCCAGGAGGCGCCCAGCUUCUGGGCCAUGUCCUCAGAAGGUAACGAGUGGCUGGUGGAGGGUCAGUGCCCAAGCGGUGACAUCGUGGACGUUUCCCGACCCCUGACCGUGGCGGUCACGGUCCCAGCGACCGCGCGGUCGCCCGACCCCACCCUGAGCGUGGACGCCUACGUGUACUUCUGCAGCGCAGAUGGCGGAGCCUGCAUGAUGAGGGCGGUGUCUUUCCGCCAGCCCCUCAGCAUCGACCGCACCCCCAAAGACGGAACGGUCAAGGUGACCGCGUCUCACUCCUUCUGACCGCUGCGGAGCCAGGAACACAACCAAAAAGCCACCCCAUCCCUGCAGUCUGCGCACCCUACACGCAUCACUUUUGCACAUUUGAGCACGUGCUACACAUGAUAACCUCUCUUUGCUUUGCCGUUUGGCUGCUGCACAGAACCGAAAUGAUUUUGGUCUAUCCGGUUUACUCCACGUGUCAGAUGAAGAUGGAGUGUCGGCACUUCAUGUGGAUCUACUGGGCCCUCCCACACGUUUUCCUACCAAAUAACCACCUGCAUAUUGUGACAUUUUAUAACUGGGUCAGUCAGCGGGGCAAUUACAACUGGUAAAGCCCAGUACAGCAACAGGGUUAUGAAAGCAUAUAUCAGUUUCUUAUGUAGCUGUAUUGGUCUUUACCAAUCAGAUAUCCUGCAGUUACUGCAGAUUUGCCCUAUAGACAGGUCAGUUCAGACUGAAUAAAGUAAAGUGAAUAAAAUAAAGAAGUAACCACAGAAACGCCCUGGCUGCCUUGUUAGAACUUUUGAUACAAUGUACAGUAAACUCGUCAUGCUUCCUGUAAACAACACUGUGCACUGUUUGUUGCCUUCAAAGGGUUUGGGGGAUUGUGUUGUGUAUCAAGAGAUGUCUUCACAGUAAUUAGUGCGUAGGAGUGUAGUAGGGUGGGAGACUGUUUUGGGCUGUCUCCUGCUCUAUGUCUAUAGGGCUUUUGGCUAAUGUCUUCCCAUCUGAGACUUCUCCUCUUUUCCCCAGAUUUUUCACGGUUUUGGCCUCUUGUCUCCUCUGGGUACUUGGGAGAUGUGGACAGAGCAUACCGAUGUCAGUAAUGCUCUGAGAUGAUUGUCAGAUGAGACCAGUAUAUGUGCAAGCACAGAACAAAGUGCCUGAGACUGACCUGAGAACAGUUGCCUUCUGCAAGCUGUUCUUCUGCUGUGUUGACUUUUUGCCAUAUUCCGUAUUAAAUCCAGUGCAAGGUCCUCAUGAGGCAAUGUAAUAUUUUGUGGUAUCGAAUAUUUUUUAUUUAUAGCUGUUCCGGGACCUUUAUGAAUAUCCCAGUGAUUGCAGGUUCAAAUCCCAUGUUUUGGGAUUUGAAAAAAUAAGCUUAGUAAUAUUCAUUACAAUCAAACUUUGGGGGGUGGGGGUGAUAUGAGGGAACCUCUUAAAUGAUAUAAUGUCAUACUAUUAUAUAUGUAUUGUGGUUAUUAUACUGUAAUGUAGGCACGUUAUAUUGAGGUUGAGGGUUUUAUUUUAUUGUUAGAUUGCCUCAGUCAUGUAACUUUUAUGCAGAUGAGUAAAACUUUGCCUGCCUACAAUGCUACAAUGUGUCAUUAGUAUCAACUCUAUGCACCUUUCAGUCCCAUUUUUGCUUUGUCCCCUCAUCAAAUGUGUGUUGGUUUCCACCUGCAUGCAGUUUACAAAAACUGAUACCAGCCCCACAAACAUUCAGUCUUGUGAAGAAUGUUAGUUACAAGGUUUUCAGUUGCACCCAAGCCCCACCCCAAAUAAUGUACCCUCUUGAAUACUGUAAGACAUCAGGUCUCCCAACGGAGAGUAUAUUUAUAUAUUUAUUGUAAUAUUUAAGGAUGUGCUUUACCUGAAUUUGGUCUUUUUUUUAUUAUUAAUAUCUGAUGAACUGGCAGACAAAGCCGCAUGCUAAAACGUUAAUUGCUAUUUGCUACUGCUUUUAUAUUCACUGAACACAAAGUUUUACAUUUGCUCCUUCUUUUUGAAAUUCUGCACUUUAUGCAGUGUAAUAAUAAAGCUUGUAUUUUUUCUGGAAAA